AUGCAGAGCCUUUCGGUCCCGAUUCUGAUUCCACCCUUCCUGCCCUUCAACUCUCCCGACAUGUCGUCGUCUCCCCCGCCCUCUCAGUAUGAACUUACCGAUCAUGUGGAUCUCGAGAAAGAGCCACUUAUCCAGAAGCCGCACGAUGCUGUUAGCAUCGUGAAUAUCCCAACCAAAAGCGGCGCCUUCAACGAAGAUCACCUUGAGCUUCGUGUUGGUCAGGAGCGCCAAUUGCGCCGCAGCUCCAGAGGUACUCGCGUCCUAUCGCGAGGUCUCAAAGGCAUCGCCAUCUUCCUCGUUGCCUUCUUGUCUGCCAACGGCUUCUGGGCUCUCUUCCGCCCUGACCUCUACGGUCACAAUGGUCUUAUUUCGUUGACUGGCUGGACUGAGGCUCACCACCACCGCCACCAUCACCACCACCAUGGUCCUCCAGGUCAUGGCCCGCAUGGCUUUCCUGGUUCGCCUCCUCCUGGUCCUCCGCCACAUGGCCCACCUGGUCGCGGCCCUCCCGGUCAUGACCAUCCCUUCCCUCCUCCUCCGCCCCCUCACGGUCCUCCUAGUCAUGAUCAUCCUUACCCUCCCCCUCCUCCGCCACCUCCUCACUGGCCUGGCGGUCCUCCACCGCCUCCGCCGCCUCCUGGUCCCCCUGGUCAUGAUCAUCCACAUCCUCCUCCGCCUCCUGGCCCACCUGGACGUGGUCCACCUGGUCGUGGUCCACCUGGUCGUGGUCCACCUGGUCGUGAUCAUCCCUUCCCACCUCCUCCUCCUGGACCACCUGGUCGUGGUCCGCCUGGUCACGACCACCCACACCCUCCACCGCCGCCGCCGCCUCCUCGCGGAGGCCCUGGCAAGGUGCACAAUUGCUUCGACCUAGUGCCUGGCAAGACACUGGAAAUUCAAAUUCCGCUCAGAUGGUUUGGCCAGGGUGUAGAGGUUGCCCCCUCCCUCGCCGGCUCGAGCGUCACCUUUGUGUGGGAUGGCGAGGUCGGCCCACCCGCGCCUCCCCACCGUGGUCCUCGUCCUCCUGGACCGCCCCACCCGCCUCAUCCUCCGCAUGAGAGGGAGGUGCAGGAGGAAGUGGGGUCUGACGAAAAGGACACAGAGCGAAGCUCGGAAAAGCCCAAGAAGCCUAAGAAGGACCGCGGCAAAGUGCUGUUCAAGGUUGAGGUUCCCCCCGAGGCCGACUGGAAGGAUGCCAACGUCUCGUCCCGCGAGCUCAAGCUGUGCUCGGUGCUCCGACCCGACGCCGUGGGCAUCCACGUCUUCAACGCCAGCGGCAUCCCUCCCAGCCAUGCCCGCAUCCAGCCCGGCUUCAAGCGCGUCGCACCGGGCUUCAACACCACCGUUUACCUCCCCAGCUACUACGCUCGUGCUCCCAUCCGCACAGGCCACCUUCCCUGA